UGGUGGAAAAAAAAAAUGUUUACCCACGUCGUCGUCUCCACUGUUGUACAAGCAUUAACCUGGAAGGUGGUCAAGUUCUAAGAUCCAGUGAAAGAGAGGCUAGAAACAACAAGGAGGCAAUCAGAAACAAGCAAAGUAACCCAGUACCCAGUCUCAGUGGUGCCAUUAAGGGGGUGUUAAGCAACAUGAAAAACAACACCUACCAGCCGCAGCACCUCGGUGGUGGCUGCGGUAGUGGCAGUAGCAGCAGCAGUAGCACCACCAUCACCACCACCACCACCACCACAUCCGCCACUAUCAACCACUGCAAGUACACGGGAUGCGUCCUGAAUAACAACAACCACAGUGGCAGCAGUUGUAGCACCAGCGGUGGCAUCCUUCAUGGCAACAAAAAUCAACCACGCACGAUCAAUGGGCAGCAGCAGCAGCAGCAGCAGGGGCUACGCGUCAGUCGAAGCAGCACCCGGAAAAAGCCCUUCCAUUUCAUAUCCAACAUGUGGAAGAUGAAGAAAAUCAUCAAGUACGACGACAUUAUGUUCCACCGGGAGAUGAACUGUCGGGCACGGUCAGAACCGUCAGUAUCGACGUACAGCUGCACCGGCAAGGGUUGCCAGCGGAAGUCAUCGCCGUCGUUUUCGAUGCUCAGCCUGUCGCCGGCCAAGUUCCAGAAGUCGACCGACGACGAGCUGGAGGUGACGCGACUCCGGCUGUCCCGCAACGACAACCCGUUCGUGCAGAAGGUACUGGCCAGCCGGGACAACGUGACGACGGAUGUCAUCGAUGAUACCGAGUCGGACGAUGCGAUCCUCAUCCUCAUGUCGGACGAGUUGAACGGUGAUGCGGAAACCGAUCCCCUGGCGCUGCCGCAAGUGCACGAGCACAUGAUUCGCUCGCCACCGCCAACGUUUUGGCCCCGGGCACAAAAGACUGUCUUUAACUUUAGUGGCGGCCAGGAGGAAGCGCCAUGUCUUCAGCGAGCGGCCAAGGAUGCCGGUGUGGCGGCUACCAAGCAAUUCGGCGGACAGCGCUAGGAUAUCGCGUGGCGGGCCCGUCCCCCCGUUUCAGCAGCAUUUUGUUCGAUUCCGCUCCACCAAACAGCCACCGUCACACUCUCCUGCGUGCACCUCGCUUCUAUUUGACGCCACGCGCCAAAAGGCCAUCUCUUCCAAAAACAAAUUAAGCAGUUCAAGCGUGAACCCUGCCACCGUGCGGCUCUCCAUUUUCCCCGUUAAUCCGCCCUCCGGAAGAAAACCCCGGAAUGUGUGUACUCGCAUCGGUUGCGUUCGGUCGUUGGUGCUUGGGCCAUAGGUUUGGUGAAGGAAUAUGGGAUCCCCGAAACGGCAAAACUAUGGAUAUUCUUUACUAUAACUUGUU